AUGUUUGCCUGGUUGACGGGUACCGAGACCACUCCACCUGCCUUUCUCGAGCUCCGGAGUUCGAAGGUGUUGAUCAUUAGCACUGUCGCCGCUGCUGUUUUUACCGACGUCUUUCUAUAUGGCAUCAUUGUGCCAGUGCUACCGUUUGCGCUGAGCGGUCGCGCUGGCAUCGCGCAGGACAAUGUACAAUCUAUGAUUUCGGUAUUGUUGGCUGUCUAUGGUGGCGCCUUGCUUAUAGGAGCACCUAUUUGUGGGUGGGUAGCUGAUCGAUUCGACUCACGUCGGUGGAGUUUCAUGGUCGGACUGCUGGCGCUAGCUGGGUCGACAGUGUUCCUCGUUGCAGGUAACAGUCUUGCUCUCAUCGUUGUUGGCCGUAUUCUGCAAGGUCUUUCGGCGGCGGUGGUGUGGGUUGUUGGACUGGCACUACUCCAGGAUACUGUUGGUUCUGAAGCGAUCGGGCAAGCGAUGGGAUAUGUUGGCAUCGCGAUGUCAUUAGCAUACUUGCUCGGGCCUUUGCUAGGCGGAAUUGUGUUCGAGAGCGCUGGUUACUACGCUGUCUUCGCCAUGGCGUUCGGACUGCUGGGUAUCGAUGCUAUUCUUCGCUUGAUCAUGAUCGAGAAAAAGGUUGCUCGGAAGUGGCUGGGAGCAGAAGCAGUAGAAGUAUUUGUGGAUGAUGAACACAAAGGCAGUACAGACGACCACAAAGCUGACCCGACGUAUCACACACCCGAAGUUGAGACACCUGCGGUGACACCCGACAAACGCAAGCUCCCUAGAGUGUGCUCACUACUCGCGUCGUAUAGACUCGACGCCGCUCUGUUUGGCUGCUUCAUUUCGGCAUGCUUACUCACCUCCUUUGAUUCGAUCCUUCCGCUGUAUGUCAACGAACUCUGGGACUGGAACUCUGUCGGUGCUGGAUUGAUCUUCUUGGCCGUCACAAUACCGUCUUUCAUUGGCCCCUUAGUCGGCGGAUACGCAGACAAGCAUGGAUCCAGAUGGCUAGCCACCGCCGGUUUUGUUAUCACGGGUCCUUGUUUCAUCCUGAUGCGGCUCGUGGACCAUGACGGCAUUCGCCAGAAAGUGCUGCUCUGUGCACUUCUCGCUGUCAUCGGCCUCGGAGUCACGCUUUCUCUCACACCGUUGAUGGCGGAAGUGUCGUACGCGGUGGAAGCGCAGGGCGCGAAACGACCGGCAGGAUUCUUUGGCAAGAAUGGUGCUUUCGCUCAGGCGUAUGGGCUGUUCAACAUGGCAUACGCCGGUGGUACCAUGGUUGGACCUUUACUUGCCGGCUUGGUCAAGGAGAGGGCUGGAUGGGGUACUGCAACGCUCGUGCUCGGAUGUGUUUCGUUAAUAUGCGUGAUACCGACCGUCAUUUGGUGCGGAGGAUCGAUCUUCAAGUUGAGAAGGAAACAAAGGGUCGAGAAGCAAGAGAAAUCGAAUCCGAACUCGAGUACUAGUGCGAGUAGCGAGGUAGAUGUUUGA